AGAGGAAUAUAAAAGACACUUGAUUUAAAUGGUCAGAUUCUUGGUACAAUAGAAACUUAAGAGUGAAUGGUAAACAUAUCGCUACCCGUUGUUUGCCUUUAUAUGCGAGGCUCGUUAAGGCGACUAUGUACAUGUUCGGCAUCCUGUUCGCACGUUUGACAGCUCCAAAAGCCUUUGUCAGUAUAAUCAGGGAUUUAAUAUCGCACAAUGACCCAGUCUGUAACAUUUCAUGCUCGAGCUAUUGAUAACAUAGCCUUAUGUCUUGCUGUGCCUGGUUGGGUUUCCGCUGAUGACAAAUGUUCAUAGGAUGCACUAACAUCCAUCUUCCUGACUCAUCCAUGCUCAGCCCUGGCCCAGCAAUUCGGUACGCAGACUGCCGGAAUCCAACAUACAACAGCCAUCACCCUCGUACUAAAACAUAUCCAUUGCUUUCGGGAUCUCAAUGUUCACCACUUUUGACAUAACAACUUCGAAUUCCCUGUCAAGCGGGAAGCCUCCUUCUCCGCCAACCUCACAACCCCGCCCCAAGAGGGCUCAAGUCUCACGCGCCUGUGACUGGUGUCGCUUGACCCGAGUGAAAUGCGAUUCUACCCGACCUUGUCGGAACUGCAAACAAGCCAAUAGAGAAUGUGUAAAUUCAGGUCGCGAUGAUUUCAAGAGUGUUGCCGCAGCCACAAGAGAGGUUCAACGGCUGAGAAGUCAGGUGCAGCAACUUGAGAACAAGCUACUAAGUCCAUCUCCUUUACCUCAAAAUAGUGAUGCUGUGUGUAAACGUUCAUUAAGGUGGAAAGGGGUCCGAGUGAAUGGCAUUCAGUACGGUCCAUCCUCGCUGGCGUACUUCACUCAUCGAUUAUCGACUUUCACCAAAUCAAGCUUCGAGACAAAUGUCCUGUCAAGUCCCAAACUACCAGCUACUUCAUCUCCGCUUAACUGCGACCGACUGCAGCGUGAACAACAAGACGCUCUCCUCGACCUUUACUGGCAGGGCUAUCAUGCGAUUUAUCCAGUGAUCGAUGAGGCUACUUUUCGACAACAUUAUGACUCACUCUGGAGUGACAAUACGAAGAGACAGGCAUGUCCUCUGGUAGACCUUGUGAUCGCCUUAUGCAUACAGUUUGGCUCCUCAUACACAACUUGUGAUAACGUCGUUGUGCCUGAUCAGCCUGGUUUCGAUUUCUACCUGCAGGCUCAGCAGGCGCUGGUUCAAGAUUUGGAUUAUCCGUCUUUACAGUCGGCGCAAUGCUAUUUUCUCAGCGCCAUAUAUCUGUUGGCUUUGAAUAAAGAAAACUCGGCCUACAUGAUGAUUCGAUCUGCCGUAGCUGCAGCAGAAUCACUUGGCCUGCAACUCGAUGGCGACAAUGAGACCCAAGACACUGAAGGUCCAACUUGCGCAAAAACAGGUUCACGCUUAUGGAGAUGCCUUGUCACAUUGGACACACAGGUUUCUCUGCAUUUGGGCCGCCCCUUCGCAAUUUCAGAGCCCCAUCUGUAUGAGCGCGAACACCCAGAAUCUGACAGUAUCGCUCAACUUGCCGGUCCAAAUUUCACCAUUUCGCAGUCCUCAGGCAUCAACUGGCUUCGCUUUCAGCAUGAGAGACAAGGCCUCUUUCAGGUCAUUCGUGAGAUUCAUACUGAAUUAGCGAGGGUAAUGGAGAAUGUUCUUUCGGAGAUUGAUCAGCCCGACUUUUAUCAGCACCCUUCAUCACGGGAGAAGUGCGCAAAGUAUCUCUAUGAGCAGCUCAAGCGUCUCAAGGCCUGGGUUGAGAAACUGCCGGGGAGUUUAAAGACACCACGGGUACAAGGUGUACCCUUCUCAGUUGAUCGCUCGCCGCUCGAUCUCAGCCAGGCCGAUCCCCUUUGGCUACAAAGACAACGGCUAGUGCUGGAAUUUGACUACCAUUCCUUAGUCAUUAUGCUCACUCGAACGUUCAACUCAUUUCUACCAACGCCAGCACUGGGCACUUUCAAUAGUGAUAACCACUGCAUAACUAGUGUGAACUCUGGCAUUAUGAUAACAAAUAUGUUGCACCAGCUCAGCAGGGAUUCCGGUAUUCUUGCUGGGUGCUUUCAAGUGUUUGAUUGGCAGCGUACCGCCACAUUUGCUUUAGCUGGCUUCUCUUGCGGAUAUCCCAUUUGUCCAAUGUCCCCCACAGCGCGGAAGACGUUGACACUAGCUGCGAGGGUUUUUGAGAUAUUUGGAUCCAAAGCAGGUGUGCAAUUGACCAACAGUCUCAAGAUCAAAUGUCUAGAACUCGUGGAAGCAUUCAGAGCAAGGCUUGGUCUCGCUACACCCGCGACAACACCAGCCAGUAACCAGAAAAGCCCAGAAACGUUGGAUACUGUGGUGGAGCCGAGUAGCUAUCAGAUUAUGAGUGUUGGUGAGGAAGCUUUAUACAAUGCAGGUUUUGAUAUGACAUUUAAUGAGGAUAUGUGGACUGUCGACACACCAGGUGGACUGCUCUGGGGCGACUUGUUGAAAGAUUUGGAUUCAGGCCUAGUUUCAUCUCUUGGACAGGUUGGGGUUGACGAUUGAUAUCGCCAUCAUAUUAAAUAGUGCCUUAGCCUUCCGAAAUACUUCAGUCAGCAUUGUUGCCGGUGUUGUCAAAGACCUUUGAUCAGAACAAGUAGUCCAGCUUAGGGACCUGGGUAACUCAUCAUCCUCAUCCUCAGACGCAUUGAAGAAAGGAGCCUCUGUUCAUUCGUGAAGCGAGACAGUGGACUCUCUCAGGGAAAACAAGACCAAAGACAAACGGCAUACCCCACGUGAUCUUAAUGAAAAACACAAUGGGUAGGGCCAAUGUGGAUGAAGCACGCUUCCUCCCGUCUCAGGUCUUAAACCUUACCUCUUUGGGUUGGUGACCUAGCGCUACGCAAGGUUCAUUGGCCAAACCCCUGGUCACCAGCCACGGCAACGAGAGCCUCAGC